AUCGUCGGAUAACUCAGAUGCACCAACUCCUCCCUCUGUCACAGCAACUCCCAUCACUAUAAAACUGCUAGAAGGCUCGCUUCUUAGGUCUCACCCUUUCGGAAAUAGGAAGCCUUCAAUCGCCUGUCCCAAGCUCUCUGUUUUUCACAAUACACCUCUCUCUCCAGGAAGCUGACAAUGCGAUAGAAUUGGAGGAAGAAAAGUGGGUCGAGGGCUCCAACUUUGUUGUUGUGAUUUCGUGCCAGUUUUUGGGGUGAGGGGGUGGGAUUGUGUUCGAUUUUAUUGAAGAAAUUGAAGCGGGAUCAAGAGGGGGAGGAGUAAAUUGGAAAUGGGGACGCGUAUGAAGAGGAAAUCGGGGAUUGUGAGGGUUUUGUGGGUGGUUUCGGCUGUUUUAGCUGCUUCGGUAAUGGCGGUGGUAGGAGGCGAGUUGGGGCUGGGGUACCGGGAAGGGGAGAGGCCGUACAGGGUGGCGUACGCGACGAUGAUGUACAUGGGGACGCCAAGGGACUACGAGUUCUUCGUCGCCUUGCGCGUGAUGCUGAGAUCCCUCACGCACCUCCGUGUCCAAGCUGAUCUCGUCGUCAUUGCCUCCGUCGAUGUUCCUCCCAGAUGGGUUCAGGCUCUGGAACAGGAAGAUGGGGCGAAGGUAGUAAAAGUGAAGAACCUGAACAAUCCAUAUGUGAAACAAGGCAAUUUUGAUAAGAGAUUUAAGUUGUCAUUGAAUAAAAUCUAUGCAUGGAGCUUGGUUGACUACGACAGGGUGGUCAUGCUGGAUUCUGAUAACCUGUUCCUACAAAAAACUGAUGAGUUGUUCCAAUGUGGCCAAUUUUGUGCAGUCUUCAUCAACCCUUGCAUCUUCCAUACUGGUCUUUUUGUGUUGCAGCCAUCAAUGGUAGUGUUCAAGAAUAUGCUGCAUGAGUUGGAGACUGAAAGAGAGAAUUCUGAUGGAGCAGACCAGGGUUUUAUUUGCAGCUAUUUCCCAGGGUUGCUUGAUCAGCCAAUGUUUCAUCCACCCUCUAAUGGCACCAAGCUUGACGGAAUCUACAGGCUUCCUCUGGGUUACCAAAUGGAUGCUUCUUAUUACUAUCUUAAACUCCGAUGGAGUGUACCCUGUGGGCCCAACAGCGUGAUUACUUUCCCCAGUGCACCCUGGUUGAAGCCAUGGUACUGGUGGUCAUGGCCUGUCCUACCAUUGGGCAUUGUAUGGCAUGAAAAACGUCAUCAAACACUCGGGUACAGCGCAGAGAUACCCUUGGCUUUGAUCCUUUCAGUGGUGUACAUUGGAGUAAUAGCAGUGACACGCCUAGCACGGCCCAGCCUCUCUAAGCUAUGCUAUCGGCGAUCCGACAAGGGCAUCUCAUUUGUGCAUAUUGGCCUCAAGCUAGUAGCUCUGUGGUCCAUUCUCACUGCCUACAUAGUCCCCUUCUUUCUUAUUCCCAGUACAAUUCACCCAGUAAUAGGCUGGACCCUGUACUUGCUUGGUACUUUCGCGCUUUCCUCCAUUACAGUUAAUGCAUUCCUGCUGCCCAUGCUUGCCGUUUUGACACCAUGGCUGGGGAUUUUUGGUGCCCUUCUGGUGAUGGCAUUCCCUUGGUACCCGGAUGGGGUUGUGAGAGCACUUGCAGUUUUUGCCUAUGCUUUCUGCUAUGCUCCGGUCGUGUGGGUUUCAUUAGUUAAAGUGAUGGCAUGUCUCCAGGUUUCCCUGGAAAGGGAGGUUUUCUUGCCGAGACUGGGCGAGUCUCCUCCGCCUCCUGGGUUUAACAAGCUGUACUGAAGCAAAUCCUGAACUAACCAACUUCCAACUUCAACUUGCAUCCAGGGAAGAUGGAUUUUCAUGACAGGCCUCAAGCAGUUGGUUGAAGGCUGAAGCUGCUUAUUCUUUUUGCUGGGAGAAGGAAUGAGGGUGAAAUUUUGAUUUUAGCUAGGCGCCUAGGCUUGGGUUGACUGGGCUGGGCUGCUCAUGCCGCAUUUGAAUGUAAUGUUAAAAUUUUACUGAAAAAUUCAUUGAAUAAGCAAAGGGAAGGAUAGCUCUCCAAAUUUGUUUAUUUUGGAAGUCAUCCCCACCUGGGCUGUACUAAUUUGUUUAUUCAAGAAGAGAAUGGGGAGAUUUUUUUUCAAUUAUUUGCCAUAGAAUGGAUGUACCAACUUCGUGUAACUUAUUUGAUAAUUUCGGGCUAGCUGAUUUGUUUUCUCUA